AUGUCCUCGGAAGGUCAAUCGAUCUUGAAAGCCAAGCCAUCGGCUAGGCGAAAGAACACUACAAAGGCAUGCGAGGAAUGCCGGCGAAGACGCGCGAAGUGCGACGGCAGAAAGCCUUCUUGUAGCCGCUGCACAAUUCGUGGGAUCGACUGUCAGUUCGAUGCCAAAGAGGAUGGUCGCAAACCUGCUUCCAUGAGCUAUGUCUCGCUCUUGCGCGAUAGGAUCAGGACGCUGGAAGAGGCUCUUCGAAGUCAAUCUAUUGACACUGGAGCCAAGUUGACGGAGUUCCCGACAGAGUAUGAUUCAACUCUACCAAGCGACUUCGAGGAUCCGUAUCGGAGUGCCUGUAAUGUUCAAGUGGCUAGUAGGGAUGGUGCAGCCGAGAUCGAACAAUUGAGACGACAAUUCGAAGGCACCUUGAACUUGGAUCAUGACGGCGAAACGCACUUCUACGGGGUAACAAGUGGACGCCUCGACUUUCUGACAUCAAGUCAAGGAGUUGCUGACACGGUUCUUGAUCACAAGGAAGGCGUUACGAAGCUUACGAUUCCAUCGUUCUUCCACGAUUUGUUGCCAAUGAGUGUACCGGACGAACUUCAACUCCAUCUGAUUGAGAUCUACUUUACAUGGGCAAAUCCUUGGUGUCCAGUAAUCAACGAGGAACUUUUCCGGGGUAGCAUGUAUUCGGGUGGCAAGUACUGCGCUCCCUUACUCCUGAUGUGCAUAUUCAGCAUGGGUUCUAGAUUCACAGACAGACCUGAAGUUCGGUCAGACCCAGCAAGUCCGUACACAGCAGGCAGGUCAUUCCUUGAAGAAGCCGAACGGCUGCUUCAAGUAGAGUUGAAAUCUCCCAAGAUCACUACAAUACAGGCUUUGACCAUCAUGUCUGUUCUAUAUUGUGCAUUCGGUUAUGACUCGGCUUGCUGGCUGCACGAAGGCAUGGCUAGUCGGCUGAUGCUCGAGAUGGGUCUGAACAUCGACACCACUCCUCUGGUCGCAUCCGGCUCCAUGCCCGCCGAAGAAGCGAUGUUGAGAAGACAGAUGUACUGGUCGCUGUACAGCGUUGAUAAGUUGUCGGCUAGCUACACCGGAAGAGCCUGUACGAUGCUGUCGUUCCAAGGCGCUGUACAAAUGCCCUUUGUGAAAUCAGGAACAAGUCUGGUAGCCUCACGGCAGGACGAUUCAAUGGUAUUUCUCAACAGCCAGGUAAAGCUUUGUCAAAUCGUCGAAGAAAUUUUGUUGAACUUAUAUGCACCCAAGCCCACAGUCGCCGAACCACAACAGCGGAAGGCUUUCUUAGACGCAUGUUUGCUCAAGCUCAAGGACUGGGCAUAUGAUCUUCCGCAAGAACUAAGGUCUGGCUCGCGAAGCACUGCAGGCACAGCCAACAAGGAACCCCAUGUUUAUACACUACACAUGGUGUAUCAUACAGCCCACUUGUUGUUAGCCAAACCCUUUCUAGCGCCCAUAAAUCGCUACACCACCGAGCUCUCGGUCGUGGAAAUGGCCGAGAAAGCCAAGUCGAUAUGUUUGGAAGCUGCAAGUGCUACGUCCUCUACAGCGAGAGCCUACCGACAAGCUUUUGGCAGUUUCAGGAAGAGUCCAGUCACUGCGACUCACUGUACACUCUCUGCGGCCGUGGUUCUCGUACAAAACCAGAAAAAUGAUCUUCCGAUCAAUCUUCUCGAAGCAUCACUGGAAGUCCUUGGCGAGUUAUCAACUUCUUGGGAUAUUGCCAGAAGGCUGCGAAGCCAUCUUCUGAGGUUAUGCCGUUCGAAACAUAUCGCUCUCGGCAGUCUUGGACACUGCUCUCCGGAUGUUGGUGCAGACGCUAAUAACAUGACUUUCGGGCCGGACAAACAAUUUGCGGUACACUCGACCAUGUAUCACGGCCCCGAAUCAAUUUUCGCUGAGAGCUUGCCUGCGGAUGAUGGUCAGGAUCUUGGCAACUGGCUUGAUAUGAUUGACGACGACUUUCUGCAGAGCACUUUUGAACCGAAAUUCUGA